UCUUAAGUUGUUAGUCGCAAAACGCGUAGCUCAGAAAACGCUCGGGUUAUAGAUUUGUUAAGAAAGGGUAUAUUUCAGCAUUCCAAGUGAACUGAAUAGUGGUUGUAGCAAUGACUGUUAAUAUGAUCAUUGCCUUUAUUCUUGUAAAUUUUUUUUACAACUUACAAGUUAAUGCUCACGGCAAACUUGUAGACCCAGUGAGUAGAUCAUCUGCUUGGAGGAAAUUGUCCGGUGCUCCAAAAAAUUACAAUGACAACCAGCUUUUCUGUGGUGGCAUGGGGACUUUAUAUCAACAAAAUAAAGGGAAUUGCGGACCAUGUGGCGACAAUUGGUCUCAACGUCAACCAAGAGACAACGAAAAUGGUGGAAAAUACGGCCUAGGAGUGAUUGUUCGUAGAUACUGUCCAGGAAAACGGAUUAAUAUAACAGUUGACUUAAGUGCCAAUCACUUGGGUUACUUUGAAUUUUCCCUAUGUCCUCUCAACUCAACCAGAGACAUCGAAACCGAGGAAUGUUUUGCCGCACACCCCAUCUACCUCGCUGACGGUAAUCUACGUUACAAAGUGAAGAAAGGAAUGAACGGAAAUAUUAUAAUUCAGGCCAACCUACCAAAAGACUUUGUAUGCCCACAUUGUGUCUUCAGAUGGCACUACUACGGUGGAAAUAAUUGGGGUAUGUGUCAAGAUGGAACUGGCAGACUUGGCUGUGGGAUUCAGGAGGUAUUCCGUGGAUGCGCUGAUGUAUCCAUAUUGCGAAUUGCGCCAAAAUCUGCGAACCAUCCAAGCCGCCUAUAGUCAAAGUCACCGACGCCGCUGCUUCUUUGUAGGGUAUAAAAGGCCCAUGCCAGUCCAUGUUAAAUACUUUUGCCUUCAGCAACAAGUCUGGCACUUUAGCUGGGGAGCUCUGCCCUUCAAAGCGCUGUUGUACAUUUUUUGAAAACCGCA